AUGAUGCGGGGGGAGGAGGGCGACGACGACGUGAUCGUUCGGCGGCGAUCUGACGGCGUAGAUCGUGGACUUCGAGGUCGAGCUCUUCGACGCGGUCGAUCAGGGUGGAGCGGUCGGUGGCGGAUGAGGUUGAGCGUGCGGAGCCGGGUGUAUCGAUGGGCUGGACACGCCGCCGUGAUGGCGUGGUUGUUGGCGUCGAUGCCAUUGUGUGUGUUUAGAGCUGUGAUUCGAGAGCGUAUCGUGCUGCGGGUAGGUGGAGGUGCCGUGAAAACGCGACGACAAUCUGGCAGAGCGAAAGGGUUGGCAAUCGAUGCGCAAACCUGGCGAGGAAGCGUUGAUCAGGACCCAGGGGGCGUUCGGUGUGGUCCGAAAGCUAGGCUGAGGCGAUGA